ACUGGUAGAUAUCUUAUAUGUGCCUCGGCAAAGUGAUAAAACCUGUGCAGGACAGCCACAGUGAACACAGGCUUGCCGCUCGCUCAGUUUCCUAUAAUAAACCUCAUAGAGGUGCUGACUCAUGCAAACGGUACAAGUAGUCUACCCCCCCCCCCCUUCCAAAUCGUCCAUGUUACAUGCUUCCCUCGAAAGAAAAUUGACUCCUACAAUCUUCAACGUGUUUGUGUCGACGGCAUCGGGAAGUUUUGUCCCCGGCUGAUAUAUUAUGAGAUCUAUAACGUUUCAAACAGCAUGGAAUAAUGUCCCACCCACGACAACGACGAUGAUGAUGAUGAUGAAGUACGUGUGUUUGUUUGUUUGUUUAUGUGUGUGUGUGUGUGAGUGAGAGUGUGUGUGCGUGCGUGCGCAUGCACACGCUGCGUUGCCAUAGGUGGGUGAUAACCUGGGUUAUUCUUUUAAUUCCACUCCACAGAAUUCUUCACGACCAGUGACAAAGUGUCAAGUGUCAAACUGGCAAUAAAACUAGAAGGAAAAGUAAUCUAUAAUAUUUUAAUUUGUGCCGGAAAGUAGUCUAGAAUGCUGCAAAUUUACGUCGAAAUUAAAAUAAAUAAGAAAUAAUUUUUCUUAUUUGUUUGUGUGCUUGUCUUGAAAUCAAGCAAAAAUAGUUUGUUUUUUAAUUUUUUAAUGCGCACCAUAACCAAUUGCCUUAACGGCUUGAAUACCUAUUUUUAGACAUACCAUUGUUGAAACAUGGCGGCGUUAGAGAUCGUAAACAGUUGAACAGUGAAAUCAACACGGAGGAAGACUUCAAUCUUCGUUUGGAGAGAAUUGAACCAAAGGAUGCCCUCGGAGAACAGGAGGCGAAAGGACGACACUUGGACACCAGAUGAACUGAAUAAAGCCUUGAAGGGCCCAAAGGAUGAUAUGCAUCGCAGAAAGAGAAAGGAAGAUGAUGGCGAUCACAAGCGCCACCGAGAAGAUGUCAACGGCUCAGAUCGCAGACACGGAGGGGACCGCAGGUCUCAUCGUAAGGAAGACGACGACAAGAAAAGUCGCAGGCACGGAGACCGUGGGGACUCAGCCGACCGUGUAGCUCUCACGGAG